UCUUGUGUCGUACGUAAAUUAAUCACAGAGAAAACAAGAUAUUUAACAGAAUAACAAGAUCCCGGAUGCGCAUUUGUUUAUUUUGUGUUGAACAUUUGCCAUGGAGGGACAUAAAUUUGUGGCACUCAUAUUCCUCAUUUGUGUGGAUCUCCAUUAUUCCUUGACCCAGGACACCCAGCUUCUGGGACCCGCCAACCUUGAUACUUUGAACAGAGAAGUUCGGAGACAUCUUCUGUCAACCAUUACACGAGAGUUGUCGACCGUGAAAAAGAUGAUAGAUUCCAUGCAGCCAAAAAUGGCAGAUUGUCAGAACAAGACGCAUGCGCUGAUGGGAGACUGCAUCCACUGUGUCAAUGAUUUGUGCCAAAACAGAAUCAGGAAGUGCCGAGGAAUCACAAAAGUUCUUCUACCUGCCACAGGUGGCGUCUCGGUCUCCAACCACCAAAACGAGGCUGGAGAAUCCAUCGUAAAGAUCUGCAGCAUCCUCCGCGAUAACUCUAGGUCAUGUCAAACGAUCAUGAAUCCCGAUGGUAUCAUGGUCUCAUCUAUUUCCAACAUGGGGAACACUCUCCAGGUGCAUCUGCAAGGCGCAGUAAAUGACCUUGGCGGAAACGUUGGAACAUUCAUCAACGGCAUGCAGACCUUUAUUGGAGGAUUCAGUCCAUCAAAAUCCUCCCUAAAUGCCUCAGAGUGGCAAGCCCUGCAACGGGCAGGGGAACAGUAUGGACGGAUUGCAAACGAAAUGGGACAGCAGAUGACCCAGAUGGGUAUGGAAAUGGGUCGUUCUAUGAAUGAUUUUGCCCAGGGAAUGAACCAAGGAAUGAACCAAAUGGCCAUGGGAUUAACAGACAUGUUUAACAACAUGGCUGCCAGUUUUGGACAAUGGAACGUUCCAAACGGCGCCCCAGGCGUUGUCAACAUCAACUCGCAAAUACCAGGCAAUUCACACAGUGUAGUUAAUAUUAACUCCAACAUAGGAUCAUAUCAAGAUCCAGUUGUCCAGAGUCCAGUCAAUCUCCAACAGGUUGAUAUGCGCAUGCCUGAAUUUCCUUCAACAGUGAACAUAAAUUCUCAGAUCCACACACAAAACAACAUACCCAACUCACCCAAAACACUUCACAAUCACCAGCCUGUCUCGUCUUCGAGUGUCGUGAGGAUCAAUAAUAAGGUUUAUCGACAGAAAAAUAAUAAUGUUCCGCAUGUCUUAAAUAUCGACACACACAUUCAGAACAAAAAUGGUAAAGCUCAACGUAAUCAGAACCUCAACAUGGGAAACUCUUUUGGAGCAUUUGAUGGACACGCAUUUGCAGCUAACAUGAAUAAUUACAUGACGAAUCUUUUUAGUAACAUCUUUGGAAGGAAAAAGCGAGCCGUUCCUACUUUUAAACCAACAACAACAACUUCAGCUACACCUAGUCUGAAACGAUUUAAAGUAAAAAGCAGACGAUCGCGAAGGAGAAAUUCAAAAUCAAGAAAGUCUGGAACGAAACAGAGAUUCUCUACUACCACCACUACACCUGCGCCAGUCAGCCCGGAAACAGCGCCUAAAACUGCGGCAGCACCCACCACAACCCCGUCACUACCAACUCCAGCAGUUAAAGUUCACUCUGAUCAACUUGCCUCUCAACUGGAGCAGACCAUUGUUGACCGAUUUACGCAACCAAGCAAAGAAACGCCAAAAGUAACAACAGUUGUUAUUGAUCCACCAAAGACAUCAGAACUGUCGUUUGAUCCAGAGGUUAUUUCGCAAAAGCUGGGAACAACAGAGAAAAUUCCCAACUCGCAUGAUGAUUCCCCUGCCCUGCAGGCAUUGUUAGGAGUUAUCCUGCCAGAGGAAGCUUAUGAUUUCCCCAUGCAAUCCACUACGGUGGCUCCUAUCACGCCCAUUAGCCUUGGACUGGAGGAUCUGUUUAAGUCUAUGACUGUUCCGCCAAAAGUUGAUAGUUCAACGGAUGUUCCCGACUGCGGAACUAUAGUUAUCGAUCCAGAUUCAUGUGCUAGGUAUAAAUCCCAGUGUGCAACAUGUGCCAACUACAUCGACAAAAAUAAAGGAGAUAUUCUACAAAAAGUGUGUGGUACAAGAAUUGUAAAGAAUGGAAAUAAACUGACAGAAAAGCUAGAAAAACUCAACGAAGUUUACGAUCAAGUGAUAUCCUCCUCAAAUUUUAUCACAGAGGUUGAAUUUCAAAGGUCAAACAUCGAUCCCGUGACCUUAACGGUUCCAGGGAUGAAGGUCAGGGCACUAGUGAGAGGAAAGCCUCUCCGAUUUUCCUCAAAGGCUCCUCUUUAUGUGUUCGAUAUGACAAAAACAGCCAAGACAUUAUCUAAACAAAUCUGGCAAUACUGGUCUCCAAAUUCUGUUUUGGAUUAUUGCUUAUUUGCUGCAGUUCUUCUUGUGUCUGCAGUUGUAGGACUUUAUUAUUUUCUCAAAGAAAAGUUUGGGAAGAAAGAGAUGACAGCAGACGACCUUUUGAUGGGAGGACGUGAUAUGGGUGUGUUUCCAGUAGCCAUGUCUUUGGUUGCUAGUUACAUGUCGGCAAUCACCGUACUCGGCGUACCGACCGAGAUGUACGUUUAUGGUACACAAUAUUUUCUCGUGGGAUUUUCUGGGCUGAUGACCUAUCCAGCCACUUGUUUUAUUUUUCUUCCUUUUUUUCAUAACCUUGGACUGACCAGUGCAUAUCAGUAUCUGGAGCUCCGGUUCAACCGAUGGACAAGAUGUCUUGCUUCUUUUGUGUUCGUCCUCGAAAUGAUUUUAUACAUGGCCGUUGUUUUAUAUGCACCUGCACUUGCUCUUAAUCAAGUGACUGGGCUAUCCUUGUGGGGUUCUAUUGUCAGUGUCGGUGUCGUGGUGACAUUUUACACCUCUCUGGGUGGGCUACGAGCCGUGGUCUGGACCGACACAUUUCAGACAUUUGUUGUUGUCGGAGGAUUGAUUGGGAUUAUUAUCAUGGGAAGCAACAAACUGGGAGGAAUAGGAGAAGUGUGGAGGAUCUCUCAGGAGGGAGAAAGGAUAGAGUUCUUCGAUUUUGACUUCAGUCCUUUCAAACGCUGCACAUUUUGGGGCCUCAUUGUUGGAAGCUUUAUUGGUCAACUGACAAUUUACGGAUCCAGCCAGACCAUGCUACAGCGUUACAUGAGUAUAAGCAAUGUGCGCAAGUCACAACUUGCACUGUUCGUAAGUCUACCCACCACUAUACUUCUCGUAGCUUUAGUCUGUGUGGCAGGUCUUGUUAUAUACGCUACUUACCAUGCUUGUGAUCCUCUCCUUGAUGGGAAAAUUAUUUCUCGAGAUCAGUUGUUGCCUUAUUACGUGAUGGAGUCCCUUGGGGGGAUACCUGGUGUCCCGGGCAUAUUUGUCGCCUGUAUUUUCAGUGCUUCUUUGAGCUCCAUUUCCUCUUGUUUGAACGCCGUGUCAAUCACAAUUCUAGAGGAUCUUGUCAAGCCAGCCAUGGAGUAUUUUGACAAGACAAUGUGCAUGCAAACAGAGGCAAGGCUGGCCAAGUUCCUAGGAAUAUUGGGAGGAGUCCUAGUUAUAGCAUUUGCCUUCCUGUGCACAAUACUUGGCUCUACUGUGUUGCAAGGUGCCUUGGCAGCACUGAUCUUGAGCACAGUAAUAAUGUUCUGGAUCGUGAUUGGUUCCUUUGUUUACGAAGUGCCUAUGCCCGUUCUUCCCUUUUCAACAGAGGGUUGUAUAGCUGAUGAAAGUACUGUAUCUUACAUUUUCAAUGCAUUCACCACUCACAUCAGCGAUCUAAGUCACGUGAUUCCUCAUACAGUAACAACGACACUUGCACCAUGGAUAGAAUGGUCUGGUUUUAAAAUGAUCUACAGUAUAUCCUUCCUUUGGUACCCCACCGUGGCCCUGUUUGUCGCUCUAGUGGUCGGAAUUUUUGUUAGCUGUGUCACUGGUUGGACAAAACAGCCAACAAGUUCCCGAUUUGUCUACCCUGUUGCAGAAAAGCUAUGUUGCUGUUUUCCUUACCAAGCUAGAUGGCAGUUUAAUAAGCUUUUUACAUAUAAUGUACUCUCCGCUGGUGGGGAGGAAUUAUUGACAGAUGAAGAAGACGAAGAUACUAACUCCUCGAAAACUCUAAAAAUGUGUUCCCGGGAGACAGCCAGACUUCUUCCCAAGGAAACAAAUAGAUUGGACAGUUUUGAAACAGAACUGGACGUUACGACCCCUGUCUGAAUCAAUGUGUUUUUU